UGAGAAUUUGUAGCCAGUGGCUGUGCAACUUUUCUUUUCAAUCCUUCACCAGCAUUACUCGUACAAUAAUCUCGAUUUGCUAUGCCAAAAUCAAAGCGAUCCAAGCUUGUCUCUCUAACGAAGGUCGAAAAGAAAACGAGAGAACACAAGUCGGCGAUGAUGGAACAUGUCAAAGAAAACGCCGACAAAUGGAAAUAUUGCUGGUUAUUUGAGGUCGGUGCGAUGAGGAAUGCGCAUCUCAAGACUGUACGGAAUCUGUGGAAAGGCUCUGCUCGCAUAUUCUUCAGUAGAUCAGCACUACUAGCCAAGGCUCUGGGUACGACACCGGAAGAAGAACAUCGUAUGGGCAUACAUAAACUUGCAAAGCAAAUAGAAGGUCAAGUGGGCCUGCUUUUUACAGAUACCGAACCCGAGGAGGUUAUCGAAUGGUUUGCCGACUUCGCACAACCUGAUUUUGCACGAGCCGGGAACGUUGCAAGUCGGACUGUGAUUCUGCCUGCAGGACCUGUUAUGAUGCAUCAUUCUGAUCCUCCAGUACCCUUCCCUCAUGACGAAGACCCUCAAUUGCGGAGACUGGGACUGACGACAAAGAUGGAACGCGGUGUACCGACUUUGCAGGCACCGCACAAGUUAUGCCAAAAGGGCAAGGUGCUCACAGCUGAGCAGGCCCAAUUAUUAAAGCUCACUGGUGAGAAGAUGGUUACUUUCAGAGUAGGACUCAUUGCUCGUUGGGAUGCUGCAACUGGGGAGGUUACACAGGUGGAAGGACCGAGGCUGACUCAAGAUGAAAUUAUUUCUGGCGAUGCAGAGGAUGAGGGUGCCAUGAGCGAGUGAAAACUGUCAGCAAAAGUAUUGUAAUGUCUUGUUAUUCUCUGUUCACUUGUGGUAUAUGUACUACUCAGAAUCGCUACAGAUAUCCCGUAUAUGGUUCUCGGGUGAGGAAAGAUGGUCAGGCUACAAUAUGCAGUUUAAGCUAUGUCUAUGAACACUAUGAAUUUUGGACUGGGAUUCAACGUACCUUGACUUCAAUCAUCAUGCACCA